UCUACUUUUGCAUUUCUAAAAUUUGCGAAUAUAUACGCACUUUUCCGCUUCUCGACGGGAUGAGAUCUUGAUAAUUUAGGGUUUUGUUGUAUGAAAAUAAAUAUCCUGGUGUACGUCAAUCUCUGUAGGGUGUGGUUUUUGUAAGUGAAUCUAGGGUUUUCUCUUUGUCACUUGUUUUUCUUUACUGCUCCAUCUUCUAUGUGUUUAGUUUCCUUCCCAUCUCCUAGGUUGUCAUUGGUUGUUCAAAUCUUUGAUAUAUUUUCUUCUUCUUCUUCUUCUUCUUCUUGUUUUUACUGUAAAGGAAUUUUCCAUAUCUGGGCUGGUGAUUUUCGUAUAUGGUUAGUUCUGCAAGUGUAAACCAUUUCUGGGUUUUCUGGGUGUGUAUAAUUCUUGUCAAAUGUUGAUAGUUUGAGCCUCUUUGGUGGUCUGGUAAAGAACGGGUAGAGCGAAAUUCCUUCAGCGAAAGCGCAGGAUUCUGAGGUUUACGACCUUCUGUGAGAUUUUUGUAUCAAUUUCAACAAGAGAAUUACUUUCACUUGCAAGGUUUUAUUGAAAAUCCUCAAUGGUAACUGGUCGAUUUACAUGAUCAACCAGGACAUGGGGAGAGGAAAGGUUCAGAUGAAGAGGAUUGAAAAUGCUGCAAGCCGUCAAGUGACCUUCUCGAAGCGUAGAAACGGGCUUUUAAAGAAAGCUUAUGAGCUAUCGGUUCUAUGCGAUGCAGAAGUUGCUGUCCUAAUCUUUUCACAGAAAGGAAGGCUCUUUGAGUUCUCAAGCAAUGACAUGCAAAAGACCGUAGAACGGUACCGUAAACAUCCCAAAGCUCAUGUUCAAGCUGACAGCGUCGAUAAAGAACAAUACAUUCAGCAAAUAAUUAGUGAAUCCACGGAGAUGGUGAAUGAGAUUGAGCAGCUCGAAAUUUCACAACGGAAGUUAUUGGGACGAGGUUUAAAUUCUUGUUCUCUGGAAGAACUCCAAGAUAUGCACAAUCUACUAGAGAAAAGCUUAAGCAACAUCAGAGCAAGGAAGGAUGAGUUCUUCAAGGAGAAGAUGGAGAAACUACAAGAGAAGAAAAGGGUCUUGUUGGAAGAGAACACAAUUUUACGAGAAAAAUGUGGUGAGAAGCCAUGGCCGCAUCCAACUCAACAGAAAGAAGCUGUGAAAAACUUAAGCUCAAGUAGGAAGAAUUCAGAGGUGGAGACUGAAUUGUCCAUUGGUUUUCCAAAACCAAAACUGCACUGAUUAUAGCAUCUUUAGCCAGUUGCUGUAAGUAUUAAAUAGUUACUCGUAAGCUGCACUGAUUAUAGCAUCUAUAAUAUUAUAUUGUAGUGGCAGAAAACGGAUGCAAUAAUUCUAAAUCAUUGCUUUAAUUUAUAGUUACAAAUUAAAUAUAUAAGUCAAUCAUUUAUUAUAUUUUUGUAACAGUGAGAUUUCGAAUUUCAAAUUCACCUAAGUAAAAGCUGCAAUGAUUAUUAUGAGUUAAUUUUCCUUUCCGGGAGUUCCCCCCUCAAUCAUGGAUGGAAGUUAGCAGAAUGUUAAAUGC